AUGCCCACCGCUCAUUGCGCCCCCCCGGUUCGCGAUCACCGUUGGCCGGGUGCCCGCGAAAAACUCUCUAUUAAAGACGUGCCACUGCCCGCGUCUCUUGUUGUUUGUUUUCCUUUGGAAUUCAUCCUCUUCCGAGGUCAUCCUCGAGAACCCCCCCUUUCAACAACAACAAACAUGGCCCAGGCCUCGCCCCCGUGGCAGAGGCUGAUAGGGCUCCUGUCAGUGCUGCUGGCAAUGCUACUCGGCCUCUCGGUCGAGAAGCAGGGUGCCGAAGCCAGCGGGUGCCAACGCACCUGGUCCGUCGACUUCGACAACAGGACCGACGUAGCUGAGACCCACGUCGAGAGCUCGUACGUCGAGAGCCUGAAGGAGGAGUUCGAAAAGCUUGAGGCGACCGGCUUGCACGGCACGGGCGCCGAAUCUGGCUUGGACAGCUUCACCGUCAAGAUCCCGGCUUCUUGUCUCAGCGGACCCAGCAAGAACACAAACGCACCACUCGAGCUGCCCAUCAGUCUCGCCAGUCUGCACCUGCGGACCGUCCAGACCUGGGCAAGCUACAUGUAA